AUGUCGACCUUUCAGUAUGCCGAGGAGCUCAAAGGCUCUGAAAUCCGUCUUCUUCAACUUCAUCCCGGCGACUGGCUGGAAGGUCUGGAGGCAACAAUGUACGUGGCUGACAGAUCCAGGCGAUACACUGCCCUAUCCUACGCCUGGGGCAGCACCAGGACUUCUAAUCAGAUCAUCGUCAGUGGCAAGGUCCACUACAUUACUUUCAAUCUUGAUCGGGCCUUGCGCGCGAUUCGGCGACGGGGAGAACCCGUUGUUCUCUGGGUCGACUCGAUCUGUAUCAAUCAGCAUAACGCCGUGGAGAAGAGCUGUCAGGUUGGAUCGAUGCACGAUAUCUUCGGCCGGGCUACGGACGUCAUCGCCUACCUGGGCGACGGCUUGGACCGCAGCCUGAGAAACUACCCACAUCGUUUUGAAAAGCUUGGCCAGAAUUCUCCGGUUCAUUUUUCUGAAACCGGCAUAGACGAAGCCUUGGCUCAUCAAUACCUCGCCGAUAUUUGGAAGAAACUCCCACCCGGAUCGAUGUCAGAGAACGACGAGAUUGUCUCUCUUUUUAGCUUCUUUACAACGUUCAGACUUGCGAGCAUGAACGUCAACUUCUUCGAUGAUUAUUUCACUUCGCUCACAAGAAACCAUUCGACCGAGGAUCAGAGGAUUCAGCUGAUAAUAGCCGAGAGGAUCCGCCUCUUCGCUAACAGUGACUGGUGGAACCGCAUGUGGGUUAUACAGGAAGCAUGCGUCGCCAAAAAUCUUACAAUUGCGUACGGACGUGCCACACUGCCAUUUACUUUCAUUGUCGAGGCAACCGAGAACUUCCUGCUGCUACCCAGGUUGCGGUCCAAGGAGUUGAAAAAAGUCAUAUCCUACCUGGCGGAAAAAGUGUACGCCAUCGACACGACGCGGUUCCCAGGCACCUUCAGGAACGCAGCACAUAUCACAACGACUAGUCCACUGCUGUGGCUACUGAGAAAAUUCCGCAGUAGGAAGUCAUCCGAACCCAAAGACAAGGUCUUUGCUCUUCUUCAGCUUGCGCAAGACUUGAAGAAAGAGCGAGUUUUUCAACAUAGUGACGUCGGCAUCAAGGCCAACUACGAUACCUACACUAGCAGCAGCCUGUUCACAGCAGUGACCCAUGAAAUCAUUCUCCAGACCGGUCUCAUUUGGAUGGCAACGUUCGACCUACUUGCUAAAUCUUGCAGGGGUACUCCCUCAUGGGUGCCUGACUGGUCUUCAGACAACGUGGCACCAGGUUUUGAUCAGCGUCGCUUUCGUCUGCAUGGAGAAAUACCACUGCACUUCAACGCCAGUCGUGCCAUGUUCAAAGAGUGUUCCGUCGAUCAAGCCGCAUCUAGUGGUACAACGCUCGUGCCCGGACAGUAUAUCAAGCGCUUGGUAGCAACAAAAUACAGCCCACAUUGGAAGCCUGUUCACCUACUCCCAACCCUAGCGAGGUACAUCAAAAAUCCCCAAGAUCCAGAGGACCAGCACCCUCAGGCAUUGGUUCUGAAUGGCGUCAAAUGUGGCCUGGUCGAGACUGUCAGCGAAGUCAUUCUAACCGAUCUCUCAAAUCUUGCCUCGGCCAUUAGCCAGAACAGCACCGGCGAGUCACAUUUUGGCUCCUGGGGAAGUUUGAGCUUGGCCUCCUCAGGGGAGGAGGCUACUGCGACUUUAGGGGGGGCGGCCGCCUGGGUUCCUGAAUCGCAAUCUCUGAUGGAUGAGAUCGAAACGGUCCCGAAAGACCUCGAUUCACAGAAGCCCCUCGAAAUGCACGAAAUCCAGUGGAUCGAAGAUACUGUGCGUACCAUGACGGCAGGUCAUCGUUUGUUUAUUACCGAACUAGGUCAAGUCGGUAUUGGGCCGGAAAGCAUGUGUGCGGGGGACGAAGUUUACAUACUCGAAGGUGGUCUCAUGCCGUACAUCCUCCGGGGCUACACCGGCAGUCUAGAGUUUCUUCCCUCUCAAACCGGGAGAUUCGAUAACUUGGGCAACUUGAGACGGACGACGAUGGUAGGGAGUUGUUACGCUGAUGGUACAAUGCGUUGGGGACAUGAGGCAGAUCAGGGGGAAGAUGACCCGCAGGACAUUGAGCAUUUGGACUCGAAAUUGAGGAGAAGAUUGUACAAUGACAAGAUAUCAGAGGAGGGCCUGGCUAUCAUUUAA